AAGAUUGCGAAAGCCUGAAAAGUUCAUUCCUCUACGGCCGCCAAUAGGUAGGUUUGUCUCAAUCUUAUCUGUUGCAAGUUCUGUUUAUUUCUCAAUUUCUCCGUUUAAAAUGCUUGUAGGUGCCUGAUCGCUGAGAAAAUUUUUCACUAAAAUAAAUUUCUGGAUUUUUUCAGAGGUGAAUUCAUGGCUGCUGAGGAGGACUCCAUUGAGCUAGCAGCUGCCUCUCGUCGGGAGAGGCUGAGGGCUCUGAGAGCUGCUCAGGAACUGUUAAACACUCCAGAUGACGAUUCUGCUCAAGCUGAUGAGAAUGGUGCCAACGGAACAAAUGAAACUGACAAUCCCAGUAUGAAAUUUCGAAAUUAUGUACCUCAAGAUAAGCAACUUCAGGAAGGCAAACUUGCUGCUCCAGUGCUACCAAAGUUUGAAGACCCCAUUACAGAAGCACCUCCACCUUCAGAAAAGAAAGAGGAUCCUUUUCUGAACAUUGCUCCAAAAAAACCAAACUGGGAUCUGCGAAGGGAUGUGCAGAAGAAGCUUGACAAGCUGGAAAGGCGAACACAAAAAGCAAUGUACAAACUUAUGGAGCAACAAGAAAAAGAGAGGCAGUUGGCUGAAGGAGGAGAUGCCAUUGAAGAUUAACAUUAGAAUUUAAUUUCGAAUGAUCUAGUCGGCAACAAAGGAAGUUUGUGGAACUGCUCAAUGAAGGGUUGUAGGGUGCAUGUCUUUGAGCAUAUAUAUAUAUAUAUAUAUGUUAAAAGAAUAUACGAACAAUCAUUUCUUGAGAUGCUGAAUGGCAAACUAGUUGUAUAAUUUGAUUGGGUUAGAAUUAGAGAGCAAUUUUGAAACGUUGGUAGUAACUAGGAAAAUCUUUGAGCUUGUUUUCUUCAUUUACUUUAAAUAUUUACUGACUGAAUGGGCUGCCAAAGAGUACAUUUUCACUAUUUGAAAAAUCUAAGGGAAAUAGGAAUUAAAUUUUAAAAAAUCU